AUUUGAUAAAAAAUGGAUCGCACUGAGCAAGCGUGGGGCAGAGUCAACUAUGUUAUUUACGCCGAUUCACCAGAAGAAAUAAAUAAGAGAUACUCAAAAUGGGCGGAUACAUAUGACGUGGAUAAGAUUGUACUCUGUUCUGUGGCUAAUGGUGAACUUGCAAAGAAUUCGUUGAAGCAUAUAAAAAACGACGAAUCUGCCCUAUUGUUGGAUUUAGCUGCAGGUACUGGUUUGGUAGCCAAAGCAUUUCUGUCGCAAGGGUACAAGGGUAUCAUGGAUGCAAUGGACUGGAAUGAGGAAAUGUUGGAAAAGGCCAAGCAAAAAGGUUUAUACAGGAAUCAUAUUUGCUGGCAAAUUACAUCAGAAGUACAGCUUCCAGUUGGUGUAGGAUCAUACGACACUGUUACCUGUGGCGGAGCGCUGGCAUCAAAACAAUUGGAAGCAAGAUGUAUUCCUGUAAAGUUCCUAAUAAAAUAUGGCCCGUUGCCUAAAACCCGGUGGAAUAAUUGUAUUUAACACCAGAAAAACAGAAGCAAACAAAGAAUUCGUUCUAAAACUGAAUAGCGUGAUGGAUGAACUGGUACAAUCCGGGCAGUUGAUCAAGAUAGAAGUUAAGGAAAUUCCUUAUUGUCAAUCUGAGAGCAAAAGUACUGGUGAUGUCAUGAAAGCAUUGCUGUACAUAUACAAAAAAAUAUAACUUCUAAUUGCUGAUUAUUUAAUAGAAAUAUCAUAUUUUUUUCGGUAGUAGUUGGGAAUAUAAUAUAUAUAUAGGAUUAUAACAUACCUGAUGAAAUUGUUAUGAAGAUACAUAUACAGAAAAUUAUACUAGCUAAUUACUCAUUAUUGAAUAGAAACCUAAUUUGUUUUUAUAUUACUUAAGAAUAUAACUUCUCUGGAUGAAUGCAAUUAUCGUGUUUACAUUAAUAUGCCAUAUUUAUUCAAGCUCUUCGUUGAAUGUAAUAAAAAAAUACAUGAUCA